CGAGGCUGAGAUGCGGCGGGGUGGCUCCUGCUGAAAGAAGAAGGAAAGGGAGAAAAAAAAGGCGACGGGAGCCGCGGAUCGCGCAAUCCUGUGAGCCACUGCAUCCGCCUUAACGGACAUCGCACCACAGAAGUAUCCGUCAGGGUGGCCUGUGUUUUUGAAAACUCCUGACAUGUGGGCGUCAUCGUUGUAUCUGGGAAUGAGAUCUGUUUUCAGCCCGUUCCUUGUUAAGACCCACCUGAAGCCCCUGUCGGGUGAAACCUAUCUUUUUAAAAAUUGCCUGAGCCCCUGAAAGAAUGGACCACUUUUCAAUGCACCUGCCCGGGUGGGCCUUUCGGUAAUAUUAAGUAGAAGCUGUGCCUUUAACAACACCUGUCAGGGUACGCCCCCAUUUUUUUUGAUAACUACCAGACCUGUUGGUAAGCUUCCUGUCAGGACGCGUCCCUAUAAAAGCCGCUGCCCCGCUGCCUCACUAAUUGAGUGCUGAAGGCUCCCGCUGCUUCGUUAUCCUCAUCCUUUUCAAGUCACCUUUAAAGCCUCCAGAUGAACAAUGAAGCCUCCUGGCACUGUAAUCCUGCAGCACUGAAUGGCCCGCAGUUAUCCAGGCUGUAGCACAUCUGUGGGGCUGCAAUGACAAGUCCGAGCAGCAGUCAUGCAGAAAACCCGGGUGCAAUGUCUUCGAAGCCGCCUGCCAUGCCCAAGCUGCAGGUACAGCGAUCUCUGUCAAGAGAGACUAUCACCAUCCAUUUUUCUGCCUUCGGGAAGGAGGAAGAGGAGGAAGAAGAGGAGCUAUAUGGUGGCUCCUCCUCUUCGCCAGAGGAGCUGGAAGACCAAAGAAUUGUGACUGCACUGGAAGCCAAGGAGGACCUCCUCUUUGAAACCGGCGGGCAGUUUCCUGUGGAUUCCUCUACCUCACACAGCGUGGCAGCUCUGCCGGCAAGCUCCUUCUCCUCAACUUUAAGCCAGUCCUUGGAAGCCAGUGAUCCCCAAGUGUCCAGCUCAGCCAUUUCGGGCAUGCCCGUAGCCACAACCAAGUUAGCUAGCACUUCCUGGCCUUCAGAACAUAAGGCAGUCGCACUACUCUCUUCCUCGGGACAUACGAGGCCAGUAGUACUCUCCUCUGGCCUUUCAGCAUCCGUUGCCCAGGGCAGCAAGCCGCUGGUGAGCCUUGUGAAGUCCUUGUCCACUGAAGUUGAGCCAAAAGAGGCAUCUCCAUCGCCAAGGCACCGUCAUUUAAUGAAGACUCUUGUCAAGUCCCUGUCCACAGACACCUCGAAGCAGGAGACGGAAUCUGUCUCUUAUCGGCAGCCAGACUCUCGGCUCAACCUGCACCUCUUCAAGCAGUUCACCCAACCACGGGUGACCAGCAGUGACUCAAAGACCGCACCAUCCUCACCCCUGACCUCUCCAUUAGAUGGCCGCUCCUUCUUCAAAGUGCCAGAGGUGGAAGCGCGCAUUGAGGACACCAAGCGUCGUCUCUCAGAGGUCAUCUACGAACCCCUGCAGCUCCUCAGCAAAAUCAUAGGGGACGAGGGAAGUAGCAGUGCCAGCCACAAGCCCAAAGCUUUGUCAUCCAGUGCUAGUGAGCUGACCAGCCUAGCCAGUCUGAAUGGGCACCUGGAGAGCAAUAACAACUACAGUAUCAAGGAGGAAGAAUGUGACUCUGAAGGGGAGUGUCUGCAGAUUGACACAGAGCCAGCAGCAAGAGAAGUCCCCCUAGACCUGCUUCAGGAGGAGCCACUAGGAGAAAGUAAAACCCUGGCAGGAAGUGCCACAAAAGAUGAUAGGAAUAAUGCCUCCUCAGUGCUGGACAAGUGCUCACUGUCAGCCCUGGCGAGCAAAGAGGACGAAGAGUUCUGUGAGUUGUACAGUGAGGACUUUGAACUGGAGACUGAGGCCGAGGGGCUUGAGGAGCUGCCUGAGGGAAAGACCGUGUCACCCAGGGAGAGUCUAGAUGUGGGCAGCGAGGACGAGGAGGACGAGACCCCAAUCCAGCCCAAUGUGCCAUGCAAGACCUUGUUUUUCCUCAUCAUGCUGGUGUACGCCUACCUCGUGCUGCCUCUGCCCACCUACCUGCGAGGUCUUUUUCUGGGAGUCGCACUGGGCUUCAUGACGGCCGUCGGGGUUGUGUGGGUAGCAACACUGAAGGGCACAGGUCAUCAGAGAUUUGCCAAGCGCAGGAAGCAUCCCUGGAAUACUGUCCAACUGGACAUCAAGGAGCCUGGGAUAUUUAAGGGAUGGAUGAACGAGAUCCACAGCUACAACCCCGAGACAUACCACGCAACUCUGACGCACUCUGUGUUUGUGAGGCUAGAAGGAAACACCCUCAGGCUUUCCAAGCCCAACAAAAACAUCUCAAGAAGGGCUUCCUUCAAUGAAGCAAGGCCAGAUAUCACUUAUGUGAGCCAGAAAAUAUAUGACGUGACCGAGAGCAAGAUUUACCUGUUGCCUCAAAACCUUGCUAGAAAGCGGAUAUGGAAUAAGAAAUACCCAAUCUGCAUUGAGCUGGGCAAACAAGACGACUUCAUGUCAAAGGCACAGCCAGAUAGAGAUGGGGCAGAAGAAGGGAAGAAUGAGGUGAGCGCAGAUGAAGAGAAGAAGUCCUUGUUGGCACACGAUAAGAGCCGCCCUUCUAGCCAUAAGGACCAAACACUCUAUCUGUUCGGAAGGACUGGGCGUGAGAAGGAGGAGUGGUUCCGCAGGAUUCUGCUGGCAUCAACCCUCAAAUCCAAGUCUAAGAAACCCUCUAGCUUGCCAGGAGCCAAGUCAGGUCUGGUGCCAACCCACAGCAGGAGCAACAGCCAUUCUGGCGUUCUGACUCAUAGCCGUAACAGCAGCAAGGGUAGUCUGGAUGAGGUGAUGUCACAACCCAAACAGAAGGAACUGGUGGCUGGCGUCCGGCAGAAGACGUUGCUUGACUACAGCGUCUACAUGGCCAAGUACAUUCCUGUGUCCAGCAGCCCGUCUGGCCUUAGCCCCGCAGUCCUCAGCCCCGUGCACAGCUCUGAUAGCAGUCCUGCUUCCCCUAGUAAGCUGCCAGCAAGUCAGACGGGCAAAGAUGACUCGGAGGCAUGGGUCAAUGCUUUGGUUGGACGAAUAUUCUGGGACUUUCUUUGUGAGAAGUAUUGGUCUGAUGUGGUGUCCAAGAAGAUCCAGAUGAAGCUCAGCAAAAUAAGGUUACCCUACUUCAUGAAUGAGCUGACCCUGACUGAGCUGGACAUGGGAGUGGCCGUUCCAAAGAUCUGCAAGGCCUACAAGCCCUCAAUCAAUCAUCAAGGCCUCUGGUGUGAUCUGGAAGUGUCCUAUACUGGCUCCUUCUUGAUGACUCUGGAAACCAAAAUGAACCUGACUCGUCUGGGGAAGGACCUCCCCGGAGAGGGACCACGGCCUGGUGACUCCGGAAGGGAAGGAGGCCGUCCAAGGACUUACUGCCUGGCAGACAGUGAUGAAGAGUCAUCAAGUGCUGGAUCUUCAGAUGAGGAGGAUCCCCCAGAAGCAACUGCAGGAGAUAAGCCAUUAGCCCCCGGAGCGGAAAGCUACAUUGGGGGCCACCGUGCCAGCAAAAUUAUGAGGUUUGUCGAUAAAAUUACAAAAUCAAAAUACUUUCAAAAGGCAACCGAGACUGAAUUUAUCAAAAAGAAAAUGGAGGAAGUGUCAAACACACCACUGCUGCUAACUGUCGAGGUGCAGGAGUGUCAUGGCACGUUGGCGGUUAACAUCCCUCCGCCGCCAACUGACCGUAUCUGGUACGGUUUUCGCAGUCCGCCACAUUUGGAACUGAAGGCGCGCCCCAAAUUGGGCGAGAGAGAAGUAACUCUGGCACAUGUGACUGACUGGAUUGAGAAGAAACUGGAGCAGGAGUUCCAGAAAAUAUUUGUGAUGCCGAACAUGGAUGAUGUGUACAUUCCAAUAAUGCACUCGGCUAUGGACCCACGGUCAGCAGCACGGCAGGACUGUGCAAAAGAAGUUGGGUUGGAUGCUGCUGGACCCCGGUAAACUGUGAAGACUGCUGCUUGUCAGUAUUCCAGAGGGCAUCGUCCUCUUUUGUGGAAGAAUCCUUGAACCACAUGUGCCACGUUCCUUGCAGGCAGGACAUUUUGUCCCACAUGCCUGACCACACACAGGAUCUCAGUGUCACAGGAUGACCAUUCCUGGGGAGGCCUGCUGGAAUUUAGGGGGAAGGAAAAUAUUCCCGCUGCUAUAUGCCAUCCAUGGCCUCACUGUUUUCCUUAUGUCCAGAAUCAACAAGGAAGCCAUUUUAGACUCUGGUAUACCCCUUGUGGGUUGCAGUGCCCAUGCUACUGGACAUAAUAAUGAGUAGCUUGUCCCCGUGAACUCUUAGUUUUAGACAGAGCAGCUUUGUUUAGAAUCCAGUGGGGACUUGAAAUGGAAAUAUUCUGGUCUGCCACUUACACGGGAGUGCCCAAAACCUGCUGACCUGCUUAGUGAAAUCAGAGGUCAGGCCUUGGUGAAGUGAAAUGGGGUGUCUUUUGUGUACUGUGGUGUCAUUUCUUCCUGUUGUGGACAUGUUCACCUGUUGGCUUGUUUGCACUCCAUGGGCAGACUACCGCCAGUGUUCGCUUUUCAUUUGCCAAGCUCUCACCUUCUGUCUUUUGGCUUUUUUGUUUACAAGUGCUGUGUGGUGUUUGCAAAUCCCUUACUAAAAAAAAGAAAA